GGUGUGAUGACAGUACAAUAUGUCUGUUGUCUCAUCAGACUAUCUUGGUUUAAUUUAUCACCUCAGCAAAUAAAUCUAGUGCAAAUAUCUGAAGGGUAAAAUGGGUACAAGGCAACUAUUAAAAAUAGAUGAACGCAGAUGUCACGAAGUACGAGGAUUCGUUUAUGUACAUCCCCUCCUGUUCUAGUCGAGUGAACACACUUAUGUAAGCUUUGGUCACUCCGUCUGGCCCGAUUUAAACAGCCAGAAAAUUGGCUCUCCCUGCAAAGACACUUCUCACCCGGCACUAUUAUGAGACACUCGCCAUCAUGUUCUGAGAUAAGAUUAUACAAACAGUUCAUUUCCUAUGAAGGGGGUUGGGUGCUCAAACUGACGCAUGCCAAAACAGAUUUUUUUCUAGUAGGGUAGUACUUCCGGGUGUGCAGUCGCUCUCGUAUGGGCUGACGACUUUGCCUGCAUUCUCCCUGAGUUACUUCUUAAGUUUUAUCAGCGAGGAUUAAUACAUGCAAGCAACCGUGUUUAAUAUAAAAUGUAGCUGGUUAGUUUGUUUCAUUAUUCAAGUUCAUUCAUUGCUUUUUUGUAACGCGUCGCGUCGGCCCAUGAGCGAGCGAACUUUUUAGUAUGUAGGCUCAUAUCAUAACGUCCAGAUGUUGAUGUUGAUUGAAGCAGGCUGGUAAUCCUGUGGACAUCACGUAAUAACUGCUCGGGAUAAGCAAGCUGGGUAUAAACAUUAUUCCGCAGCGCAAGCCUGGCCGCCAUGGGUGUUUUUGUUUGUGUUGUAUUUUAUUCACUCUUUAUGGGAGUGACUGCUCGAGGUGAUGUUGGAGACCACGAACUAGGCACCCUUAGUUCCCUGCUGUCCGACUAUGAGGUUCUGUCCAUGUCGAGCCUCAAGCAACACUCGGUCCGAAAGCGAGAUGUCCAGAUGCACACCCAUAUGGAGAGGUUGCUCAGUUUCACGGCCCUGCAAAGGCACUUUAGGCUUUAUCUGACAAGCAACACGGAGCUGUUUACUGCUGACUUCAGGGCUGUGGUUAUGGAUGAGAAUGGGAAUGAGGAACUUCUAGAAGUGCAGAGACAGAACUUCUUCACAGGGCAUGUAAUCGGGGAGGAGCACUCUCGAGUCCAGGCUCACAUCGAUGACAACGACUUCUCUGCCCAUAUCCUCACCCAUGAUGCUGAGUACAACAUAGAGCCCCUGUGGAGGUUCACUGCAGCGCCGGCUGAUGACCGGCUGCUGGUCUACCGCUCGGAGGACAUCCGCAACAUUAGCCGCCUUGCCAAUUCCAAAGUAUGUGGCUACGUCAGCGGUAGCUCCCGCGACCUCCUUCCAGAGGGAGUACAGCUUCCCCACAGCAAUGCGGAUGUAGAAGAGGAGGAACACGUUAGAAAAACACGGCAGGUGCACGACCACAAUGUGAACACCUGUCCUCUACUGCUGGUGGCUGACCACCGCUUCUUCAAGCACAUGGGUCGUGGGGAGGAGAGCACCACCCUCAACUACCUGAUUGAACUGAUCGACCGUGUUGAUGACAUCUAUAGGAACACAUCUUGGGAUGAGGAGUUCAAAGGUUAUGGUGUGCAAAUCCAUCAGAUUAUUAUCAACAAUAAGCCGACCCCGGUAGCCGCGGGUGAACUCCACUUCAACAUGGAAGGUAGUCCGGUUAAGGGCAAAGACGUGUGGGAUGUGAAGAAACUCCUGGAGCAAUUCAGCAGAGACAUUGCUGACAAUGCGUCCCAGGUGUGUCUGGCACAUCUCUUCACCUACCAGGACUUUGACGAGGGCACCCUGGGACUGGCGUAUGUGGCCCCCUCCAAACAGGGCUUCCCUGGCGGCGUGUGCUCUGAUAAGUGCACUCCCUCAUCAGGUGACCAGAAAGCCAUAUACCUAAACACUGGGCUAACUAGCACAAAGAAUUAUGGGAAAACUAUACUGACAAAGGAGGCCGACCUCGUCACCACUCACGAGCUGGGUCAUAACUUUGGCGCGGUGCACGACCCGGACGACGUUCCGUACUGCGCACCCCGUGACGACCAGGGAGGGAAAUACGUCAUGUACCCCAUCGCUGUCAGCGGGGACCACUCCAACAACAAGCUCUUCUCCAACUGUAGCAAGAUGUCCAUCCUGAAGCGACUCAGGGCCAAGGCGCCCUCUUGCUUUCGUGUGCGGAACAGCAGCGUGUGUGGCAACUCGCGCGUAGAGGAUGGAGAGGAGUGUGACCCCGGACUUCUGCACCUCAGCAAUGACCCCUGUUGCACUGCUAACUGCAAACUCCGGCCUGGGAAACAGUGCAGUGAUCGUAACAGUGCCUGCUGUAAAGACUGCGUGUACGAGAGAAAGGGGAAGGCCUGUCAGGAGCCCAUCAAUGCCACCUGUAAGGGGAUGUCUUACUGCACAGGGAACGACAGUGGGUGUCCGCCUCCAGAGAACGCUCCAGACGAGACGGUGUGCGUGGACAACGGCCAGUGUCGGAGCGGAGACUGCAUCCCCUUCUGUGUGGCCUUCGCCAGGCUGGAGCCCUGUGCCUGCAAUGAGACGAAGAGCUCCUGUAAGGUGUGCUGCCGGAUUAGGAAUGGGCUGUGCACCCCCUACCGCGAUCAGAAGAGCCAUUUCCUGUUUCUGCGCAAAGGCAAACCCUGCACCGUAGGCUUCUGCGAUGGGAACGGGAAAUGCAUGAAGCAGGUGCAGGAUGUCAUUGAGAGACUGUGGGAUUUCAUCGAAAAAUUGGACAUCAACACAUUUGGGAAGUUCCUGGCAGACAACAUUGUGGGUUCAGUGAUCGCUUUCUCCCUGCUCAUCUGGAUCCCUCUCAGUAUUCUGGUGCACUGUGUGGACAGGAAACUAGACCAGCAGUAUGAGCUGAAGACCAAGUCUCUGUUUUACCCCAGUAAUGCUGAGAUUCUGAGCAGUCUGGAUUCUGCCUCCUUGCACAUCUUCAAGCCUCCUCCCACCUUCCUGUCCGCCGCCGCCCCCCGCUUCCAGGCCUCAGGGCCCCUGCAGACCAGCACCCCCCCGGCCCUGAACCCGACCCCCGUCCUGGGCCCGUUUAUCCCCGCGCCCGAGACUCCCCGCAUGGCCACCAUCCAGGAGGACCCCAGCUACGACUCGCCGCUGGACGAGCAGGUCCUGGAGGAGGACUUCUCCUCCGGAAGCACGGCGGCGCGCUCCUUCGAGGACCUGACCCGGGGCUCUCCCGCCAGUGCUGUGCGCAGCGACAAAGCCAAAUCAUUCCGGCUGCAGAGACAAGCACGCCUCAACAGCAAAGAGACAGUAUGCUAACUGGAUAGAGAGAGAGAGAGAGAGAGAGAGAGAGAGAGAGAGAGAAAGAGGGAGCGAUGGAGAGAAAGAGAGGUAGAAAGAAACAGCUGAGCUCCAAACUCAAAAGUACAAGUUAACUGCAACAGCCACAAGUAGAGACAGAGACAGCGACAGCGACAGCUUAACUCUGAACAAGGUACAUAUUGUAGUGGAACAAGCGGGACUUGUGUCAUAAUGACAUUAGGGCAUAAUACAUACAUUUGCUUAACAAUUUACUUUGCCAGUCAGGCAAUUCCAGCAGAAUAGACAUUUCAUUUUUACUUAAAUUAGAAACAGAGACACAUUUGGAAUCAUUUCUACUCCCAUGUUGGAGAUUAUGUAUUUAGUUACGUACUUUGAAUUUUGAAACGUCAGCAUAUACUUUUACGUGUCUGAAAAUGCUGGUAUUGCCAAAUAGGCUGUCUUGUAAAGCCACUCUGCUAAAGAAGGCCUUCAAGCACUGAGAAAUGACACCGUAUGAACCACUUUACAAGCACUGAUACGCGCUCUGCAAAAAUAACUGAGGGAAUUUUAUAUUUUUUAUAUAUAUAUUUGUUAAAGACUGAAUAAUGGUUAAAUGCUGUGUGUGAAUUGCUGCUGCAUUGAGUAGGUUGACUUUUGCUUAAACACCAAAGCCAUCACGAGAAAUGAAAAACCCCAGAAGCUGGCUCUACAUAGGGCUGUUUUAAACCGGUUUACAAGGACAGGUUACAUGGAAUAUUACUGGUAACUCAUUCUUGAAAUAAUAGUGUGUACACUGUUCCUACAAUCCUGAACUUCUCAAAGUGGACACAAGGGUUACUGUAUCAAAGUGUAGGUACUUCUGUUGUUCAUUUUCAUCUUAAUUAGUAUCUAAUGUUAGUUCAGCAUCGUCCAAAAAUGAUGGGUGUCUGUAGAUAUCAGUUCAAGCGAAGCCAAGUAACCUUCAUCCAAUUGAUUCAAUAUUCCAGUUGGUUUCAGUGUAGUUUGCCUUAUCAUGAUAAUCAAGGUGACAUCAACCUGUUUACGGUCAUGUUCGUUAAAUGUAGAGAUGCAAGAACCCCCAAUACAGUUUCUGAAGAUAUACAGGUUCCUUUGAUACAGUUUCUGAAGAUAUACAGGUUCCUUUGAUAGUUUCUGAAGAUAUACAGGUUCCUUUGUAGUUUUCUCAGAAGGUUUUAGGUAUGUAUUGAUGGUGAGAAAAGACAUUGACAACAGACACCCAUUGCCAUUUUCCAUCAGAGCAGUAGAAUAUACAGCAUUUACAUUUUUGUAAAAAUUACUAGUUUUUUUAAAGAAAUCAGGGACAUGUCAAAACCUAGCAUCAGGACAGGCUAAAGCAUAAUAUACAGAUAUGACUUCAGGUAUGAGUGCAUUUUUAAGAAUGUUACAAUUUGUUUACUAUACUAUAUGAAAACACAAGUCAUUACUCUUCACAAAGAUGUUUUGCACUUCAAAUGCUGCAUUUUUUCCUUGAGGUUUCUGUUCAAAGUACCUUAUUUGUAAACGUAUAGAUCGAGAUCACAAUAUGCUUUAAUUGUCCCCAUGUGGAAACUUGUUUUGGGCUCCGCGCUGCCAUAUAACAAUAUUAAUACGGGUGUAUUUUGAAAGAGACAAUCACAUUGCAACAAAUCAAAUGAUUUGGACAUUUAUACCUUUCUAUUAAAGACAAAGUGGCAUUGACAGGUCAAAAAAUGGUCAAAGAAGGGCUAGACACAUUUUGCAGGGUUAUAAGUGCCUUAUUAGAAACAACCCUAUUGUCUGUGUACACUGCAGUUUUAUAAUAGUUCCCAACACUUCAGGGGAUCUGAUGGUGAACCCUCACUGGUAUUAUUCUCAAUAGCUGAUUCAGUUGUUCAGACACCCCUGGUUUUGUAGGUUAUUUCUGCAAAGGCUUUCACCGUUGCAAGUCUGUGACAAGUAAUGAACAUGUUUACAUUCAUGUGUUUCAUAUAACAGGUAUGUGAAUGUAGGAAUAGACCACUUGUUAACUCCUAAUUAGUCUCAUUAGCAAAGCUGUUGAGAACCUUUAGUGGGGUCAUAUUUUUCCAAUUGGUUCCUUUCAAAACACACUCGUCACCAGCCGUUGAAGUGUUAGAUACAGUGUUAUGUGUGUGCACUGCCAGUAGAUGUUCUUAUAGCAUCCGUGUGACUUUUCCAAUAAACAUGAAUAACUCAU